AUGGAGCUGAACCAGACAUCCCCACCUCCCUCAUCUCCCGUGAUGGACACGGAGGGAGAUGAUUCCUGUGGGAUCAAUGUCACCGAUGUGGCCAUAGACGGUGUCACUCUGCUCAUCUGCCUCUGUGGGCUGGCUGGGAACGGGGCUGUCCUCUGGCUCCUCGGAUUCCACAUCCGCAGGAACCCCAUCACUGUCUACAUCCUCAACCUGGCCGUCGCCGACUUCACCUUCCUCCUCUUCAUGGUCCCCUCCUCCCUGCUCUACCUGCUGGAGGACGUGUCCUGCUCCACUGUCGUGUCCCUGAAGUACCUGAGGUCCCUUCUCCUGCUGUCGCUGUUCUCCUACAACAUGGGGCUGUACCUGCUGACAGCCAUCAGCAUCGAGAGGUGCGGUUCAAUUCUCUUCCCCCUCUGGUACCGCUGCCGCCGUCCCCAGCGCCUCUCAUGGGUGGUGUGUGCCCUGCUCUGGGCCCUCUCCAUCGCUGUCAUGGUCGUGGUGACCUCCCUGUGCCUGUCACACGAGCACGAGCACUGCCGGGUGGCUCUCAUCACCAUGUACGCCCUCAGCUUCCUCAUCUUUGCUCCACCCAUGGUCAUCUCCAAUGUGAUCCUCUUCAUCAAGGUCCAGUGUGGCUCCAAGAGACGUCAGCCUAAGAGGCUCUACAUCGUUAUCUUCCUCACUGUGCUCUUCUUCCUCAUCUUUGGAGUGCCCCUCAGCCUCUGGAAUUUCCUCCAGCAGCUCAGCCCCACCCUCGUGUCCUCCCAGGUGGUUUUCCUGCUGGCCUGCAUCAACAGCAGCAUCAACCCCUUCAUCUACUUCUUGGUGGGGAGCUGCUGGAGGCGCUGCUCCGUCGUGUCCCUCCAGGUCGCCUUCCGGAGGGUCUUUGAGGAGACAGGGAUCACCACAAUGUCCAGCUGAGAGGUCGCUGUGGUCCCACCAUCCGUGCUGCCCACGCUGGCUUCAUGCUCAGCUGCCCACCCUUGCUCCCAGCCAGGCCUGCAGCUCAUCUUCCUGCAGCUGUGAGUCAGGAUGCAUCCCACAG